AAAAACAAACAAAGAAAAAAAAAGAGUCUGCCUGAAAGCCUGGGAGAGCUUGAGAGAAGCCACGGGGGAGAGUUGUGGUGUUUUGGAUCUAUUGACACCAAGCACCUGGCACCUCUGCUCGAGAGACUCGCAUGGCUUGAAGGGUGGAGCUGGAACCUGGCACUUUCACCUCCAUGGAUCCCCUAAACCUCUCUUGGUACGACGGCGACACUGGUGACAGGAACUGGAGCAAACCCCUCAACGGGUCGGAUGGGGAGCAGAAGCCUCAGUACAACUACUACGCGAUGCUGCUCACCCUCCUCAUCUUCGUCAUUGUUUUUGGCAACGUGCUGGUGUGCAUGGCUGUGUCCAGGGAAAAAGCCCUUCAGACCACCACCAACUACCUGAUCGUCAGCCUGGCAGUGGCAGAUCUCCUGGUAGCAACGCUGGUCAUGCCUUGGGUGGUCUACCUGGAGGUGGUUGGUGAGUGGAGGUUCAGUCGAAUCCACUGUGAUAUCUUUAUGACCCUUGAUGUCAUGAUGUGCACGGCCAGUAUCCUCAACCUCUGUGCCAUCAGCAUUGACAGGUACACGGCGGUGGCGAUGCCCAUGCUGUACAACACCCGCUACAGCUCCAGGCGCAGGGUCACCCUGAUGAUCGCCGUGGUCUGGGUGCUCUCCUUCGCCAUCUCCUGCCCGCUCCUCUUCGGCCUCAACAACACAGAUGAGAAUGAGUGCAUCAUUGCCAACCCUGCCUUUGUUGUGUAUUCCUCUAUCGUCUCCUUCUACGUCCCCUUCAUUGUCACCCUGCUGGUGUAUGUGCAGAUCUACAUAGUGCUCCGGAGGCGCAGGAAGAGGGUCACCACCAAGCGCAGCAGCCACGGCCUGGACUCGGACACACAAGCCCCUCUGAAGGACAAAUGCACUCAUCCAGAAGACGUCAAGCUCUGCACAGUUAUUGUGAAGUCCAAUGGGAGCUUCCAAGUUAAUAAGCGCAAAGUGGAGGCAGAGAGUCACAUAGAAGACAUGGAAAUGGAGAUGGUGUCCAGUACCAGUCCCCUUGAGAAAACCACCAUUAAGCCGGCGGCACCAAGUAACCAUCAGUUGGUUGUGCCAGUUUCUUCUCAUCAGGGCACCAACUCAACCCUGCAAGCACCCUUGGACAGCCCUGGGAGAGUAGAGAAGAAUGGACACGCCAGAGAAACACCCCACACAGCCAAGGUCUUUGAGAUCCACUCUAUGCCCAACGGCAAGAUAAGGACCUUUCUCAAGGCUGUGAACAGGAGGAAACUGUCCCAACAGAAGGAGAAGAAAGCCACUCAGAUGCUGGCCAUUGUACUGGGUGUGUUCAUCAUCUGCUGGCUCCCGUUCUUCAUCACCCACAUCCUGAACAUGCACUGCGACUGCAACAUCCCCCCCGCCAUGUACAGUGCCUUCACCUGGCUGGGCUAUGUCAACAGUGCUGUCAACCCCAUCAUUUACACCACCUUCAACAUCGAAUUCCGCAAGGCUUUCAUGAAGAUCCUCCACUGCUAAGAAGUGAAACAGCAGCAGCUGGGUUUUUUUCCAGGCUGAGACAAGAGAAGCCGCCGCCACCGCCGCACACCCACGGGCAGCCCUGGGGAGGUCCCGAGCUCUUGCCUGGGGCAGGAGGCCUGCAGCGUUACAGCAGUGCCAUGCCCACGCAUCUCUUGGUGGGGAUGCAUGGUGGACCUUCACGUGGGAGGUUCUCUCAUCCCUCGAGGUGACCUUUGGACUCUGGGACACCGACCCCAAGGGCGCUUUUUUCAGAGCCACCCUCACACUGUGUUGGAAGCAGAAGCGAAGAUCAAGACGCGCUGGCUUGGUUCUUGCCUGUGGCCGUCUGACCUGGAGUGCAUUAAACACAGACAGCCCCAGGGCCACGUGAAGGCAGUGGCAGGUCACUGCCACGGCCAGCCUGCGUGUGACACCCUCCACACAACUCUCACCAAAGACAAGACCAUCUUUUCUGCUUUGCAACAGGAGCCAGACAGAGCCUGUGGAAACUCCAUGCAAUAGCUUUGCCUUCACCUCCAGCUGACUUACCCACUAUCAAACUGCUGAAGCCUUGAGAAAAAACAAACACACACCAAAAAAAAAAAAUCCACUUUAAGAGGUCCCCAAGUGGGCUAAGAAGGUUCUGCCACAGACAAAUCCAAUCCCUGCAACAACGUGGGCCUACAAGCAAUGGGCAGA